CGUCCCUACAUCGACGAGGCCAAGCGGCUGCGGGCGCAGCACAUGAAGGAGCAUCCCGACUACAAGUACAGACCCCGGCGCAAGCCCAAGAACCUGCUCAAAAAGGACAGGUAUGUCUUCCCUUUGCCUUACCUCGGGGAAACCGAUCCCUUAAAGGCCGCCGGGCUUCCCGUGGGGGCCACUGACUCUCUGCUGAGCUCCCCGGAGAAGGCCAGGGCUUUCCUGCCUCCCACCUCAGCACCUUACUCCUUACUUGACCCCAGCCAGUUCAGCUCCAGCGCCAUUCAGAAGAUGACUGAGGUUCCUCACACCUUAGCCACCAGCACCCUGCCCUACGCCUCCACCUUGGGAUACCAGAACGGGGCGUUUGGCAGCUUGAGCUGCCCCAGCCAACACACCCACACUCACCCCUCGCCAACUAACCCGGGCUAUGUCGUGCCAUGUAACUGUACCGCUUGGUCGGCUUCCAGUUUGCAACCUCCAGUUGCCUACAUAUUAUUCCCAGGCAUGACCAAGACUGGGAUAGACCCCUAUUCUUCAGCACAUGCGACUGCCAUGUAACACCCACCCACACCCCCACAGGCGUGUGUGUGUGCGUGUCCCUCCCCGGGUGGCAGCUGGAACUGGGGAUUCCUUCGUGUGCAUGUACAUAAAACCUGCAGAAGCAAAAGGCCACCCGGAGCAGGACUCUGCUGCCCGCCACCGGGCCGGGACAGACGCGGACGCUGCCUCGGGGACACGGAGAUGCUCUCGCCUAAACCUCGCCCUGAGAGCUGGCCCCAGGCUCGGGGGGGAUCUGCAAUCGCGGGGUCAGAUAGGAGCCCGGCACUUGUAAGAGUUGUAAAUGUGUCUAAAAACAACAACAACAAAAAGCGAACCUUGAACUGCCCUUUCGGGACAAAGCGGGGGAGAAAAAG